AUGUCCGGCGUCGUGUCCACAAAACUCAAGUUCAAGGGCGACAAGCCCAAGAAGAAGAAGCGCUCGCACCGCGAGACGGGUGGUGGAGGUGACACUCUCGAGGCACUCGCCACAGCCGAUCCAACUGGCUGGAUGUUCCCCGAGACCGUUGGCGAGGUCACUGGUCCCUCGUAUAUUCUUCUUCCUACCGAGCCUUUGACAUGUUUGGCAUGGGACUCCACGCGCCAGCGCGUGUACGCCGCGCCUGUGGACAUGCCUCAGGCUCCAGAGGGUGCCAACGAGCUUUCGUUGUCGGAAGCGCUGAACGUUGUCGAGCCCACUGCCGUGGAUCAGGUCUGGGUCGUGUCCCGCUUGGCAGGUAGCGAGGAGGUCAGCCUGAGGACGAGCACCGGCACCUUCCUCACCGCAGCACCUUCUGGCACCUUGACCGCCACCUCUGUCUCGCGUGGCCCCCUCGAGGGCUUCACCGCUACCCUCGAGGAAGGCUCCCUCUUCCCCUCGGUCGCACUCAAGACAAACUCGGGGACAUACCUGUCGGUCCCGCCCGCCGACGCCGAGGACAUCAAGGCGAAGAAGGCCGAGAUUCGCGGUGACGCCGAGACCUCGACUGGCGACAGCGAAAAGCUGCGCAUCAAGUGCCAGCGCGAGUUUGUGUUCAAGGCGCGCAUGGCCGCGCUCGAGGCCAAGGAGGCUGGAACGGGCAAGCGGCGUCUCUUUGACAGCGGACCUGCGCUCGGCAGUGUCGAGGACGAGAUGAGCAGAAACCGCGAGUAUCAGGCAUGGGGUGCGGGCCGCCAUCACGUCUCGUCUGACGACAGGCAUGCGCUCAAGAAGGCCAAGAAGGAGGGACGCGUCGCCGAGGCCAUGCUUGACCGCCGCGCAAAGAUGAAGAGUGACCGGUACGCAAAGUAG